CAUUACCUUUAAUGCUUUUAUUUCAACUGUACUAAGGUUAACUUAAACCCGAUGAGCAACCCUGAACCUCUUUAGUCCUCGUUUGAUGCUUCACUUGGAGGCACACAAUCUCGUGCUCAUUUCUAUACUGCCGGUAUCUACUCCGUGUGGUCUACGUUCUGAUCCAAAUAUGUCUGACGAGGAGGGGGCGCCAUCGCUCCCUAAAAAAGCUCGAGUUUUCUAUGGCAGUUUGGAAGAGAAGGAGCGCGAGCGUCUCAAGCUGGAGUCGGGAGGUGGUGGUGUUCCCAGCAGUGAAGCCGUGAAGGCGGGAAUCGAGGCGGGAAACAUCAACAUCUCUUCAGGUGAGACUCUAGAAAUCGAGGAGCGUGUCAGCGAGCGGCAGCAGGAGGCCCUGGCUGAAUUUGAGCGGCGGCGGCGUGCACGACAGAUUACUGUCUCCACUGAUGACGUUGAAGUCAAAGGGGGCCUUCGGGCGCUCGGCGAGCCCAUCACAUUGUUUGGUGAAGGUCCAGCUGACCGAAGAGAGAGGCUGCGAAAUAUCCUGACGCUGGUGGGACCCGACGCCCUGAAGAAGUCCAGGAAGGAUGAGAAGGUCAAAAAGUCACCAGACGAGUACCUGCAGACCUGGUACCAUGAAGGUUCUGCCUCCCUGCGUGAUGCUCGCUUUUGGUUGGCCCGUUACUCUCUGCCCAGAGCCAUGAAGCGACUGGACGCUGCUCGUGCGGUGAAGGAAAUCACAGACUCCUCCCGAACCGUUCGUCAGCAGGAGUUGCACAAGAACCUGAGAAAUCUUAACAACUUCUGCAGUCAGAUUGGGGACGAUCGACCCAUCAGUUUCUGCCACUUCAGCCCUGACUCCAGCAUGCUGGUGACGGCCUCCUGGAGCGGCCUGUGUAAGCUCUGGUCUGUGCCGGACUGUAAGCUGAUACGGACUCUGAGAGGACACAACACUAACGUGGGCGCCGCCGUGUUCCGGCCACAGGCUGGAGUUUCGCUGGACAGUUCUGACGUCAGUUUGGCCUCCUGUGCUGCUGACGGAAGUGUCAAACUGUGGAACCUAAAGAGUGAUGAGCCUGUGGCCGACAUCGAGGGUCACAGCGAGAGAGUGGCGAGAGUGUGCUGGCAUCCAUCUGGAAGGUUCCUGGCCACAACCUGCUACGACCGCUCUUGGAGGUUGUGGGACCUACAGGUCCGGGAGGAGAUCUUGCAUCAAGAGGGCCACAGCAAACAAGUUCAUGACAUCCACUUCCACCCUGACGGAGCGCUGGCUGCCACCGGGGGACUUGAUGCGUUUGGGAGAGUGUGGGACCUUCGCACCGGGCGCUGCAUCAUUUUCCUGGAGGGUCAUUUGAGAGAGAUUUAUAGUCUACAUUUCUCUCCGAAUGGGUUCCACCUGGCGACAGGAAGUGGAGACAACACCUGCAAAGUGUGGGAUCUUAGGAACAGGAAGUGUGUGUACACUGUUCCCGCUCAUCAGAACUUGGUGUCCGCCGUCAGAUUCCAACCCACAGACGGUCAAUACCUGCUGACCGGAGCAUAUGACAGCACGGCUAAGGUUUGGACCCACCCAGGCUGGACGCCUCUAAAGACCCUCGCUGGACACGAAGGAAAGGUCAUGGGCAUUGACAUCUCACCUGACGGAAAGCUCAUCGCCACCUGCUCUUACGACCGAACAUUCAAGCUUUGGCUCUCAGAGUGACUCAGCGAUGUGACAAGCUGUGAUGUCACCACUUUCACUCUGUUGGUUCAUUUUUACUAAAAUAAACUUUUUUUAGACAAAUGAAGAAAUUGUUUUGUUCAUCUGAACCCCGCCCCCAAAUCUCUGAAGCAGACGAUCAAGAUCUUUUGAACGUCUCCCCAAAUCACUCAGAUUUACAGCAUGAAGGACUCUCAAGGCUGCUGUUCUAAGCAUGGUGAUGUCACCAGCUGAACCCUUAAACAAGUCUUUCCCUCACCAAAAUCUACGAAUUUCCCUGACAGCAGGCCC